GGUAGAGUCCGGGGAAUGAGCGUGUCACUGGCUGCUUCCUGGGCCGGGGAGGGGGAGUCGGGGCUCCAGUGGGGACAUGGCGUCCGGUAUGCGCUCUAGGACUUUAAGCAAAGAUGAUGUGAACUAUAAACUGCAUUUCAGGAUGAUCAACGAGCAGCAAGUGGAGGACAUCACCAUCGACUUCUUCUACAAGCCGCACACCAUCACUCUGCUCACCAUCAGCACCAUCAGUCUCAUGUACUUCGCUUUUACCAGGGAGAACACAAGCCAAGAAGACAAUAUUUGGAGAGGAAUCCUUUCAGUCAUUUUCUUCUUUUUAAUCAUCAGCGUCUUAGCAUUUCCGAAUGGUCCCUUCACAAGGCCGCACCCUGCGAUAUGGAGGAUGGUGUUUGGCCUCAGUGUCCUCUAUUUCCUGUUUUUGGUAUUUUUGCUCUUCCUGAACUCCGAGCAGGUGAAAGCGGUCAUGUAUUGGCUGGACCCCAAUCUUCGCUAUGCGACAAGGGAAUCUGACAUUAUGGAAUAUGCAGUGAAUUGCCAUGUAAUCACCUGGGAACGGAUACUUAGUCAUUUUGACAUAUUUGCAUUUGGUCAUUUCUGGGGCUGGGCCAUGAAGGCUUUGCUGAUCCGUAGCUAUGGUCUGUGCUGGACCAUUAGCAUCACUUGGGAGGUGACAGAGCUAUUCUUUAUGCACCUUCUUCCUAACUUUGCUGAAUGCUGGUGGGACCAAGUCAUUCUGGACAUCCUUUUAUGCAAUGGAGGUGGGAUUCUACUCGGCAUGGUGGUCUGUCGCUUCCUUGAGAUGAGGUCUUACUACUGGGCAAGCUUCAAAGACAUUCACUCGACUACAGGAAAAAUCAAGAGAGCAAUGCUGCAGUUUACCCCAGCAAGCUGGAUCUAUGUGCGAUGGUUUGACCCUAAAUCUUCAUUUCAGAGAGUAGCUGGGGUAUAUCUCUUCAUGAUCAUUUGGCAGCUGACUGAACUGAAUACAUUCUUCUUAAAGCAUAUCUUUGUGUUCCCAGCAAGUCACCCCCUGAGUUGGUGCAGAAUUCUCUUCAUAGGCAUUAUUACUGCACCUACUGUCAGGCAAUACUAUGCAUAUCUUACAGAUACACAAUGCAAAAGAGUUGGCACCCAGUGCUGGGUGUUUGGUGCCAUUGCGUUUCUUGAAGCGAUAGUAUGUAUAAAGUUUGGUCAGGACCUUUUCUCCAAAGCUCAUCUGCUGUAUGUGGUAUUCUGGCUUCUCUGUGUGGCGAUUACGACGUUCCUUUGCCUGUAUGGAAUGGUGUGGUAUGCGAAUCACUGUGGACAACGACCGAAGACUUUUUCAGAGUGUGAUGACAGCACAUAUAACACAGACAUUCCCUGGCAGCAGGCAGAAAAAGUUGCAGAAGUGCCCCAGAAACACAGCGAGGGUCUCCCAUCCUCACACAGAAAAAAGAACCGCAGAGGAAAAGUAACAAACGGUCUUAGUAAAAAAUAAGUGUUACAAUAACCUUUAAUACAGAUCUGGAGGCUGAUCCUGGUGCUGAACAUGAAUAUAUUUUGUGGUGCAUCCAUCCCAAGAACAUGGAGAAGGCACUAGAAGAGAAACCAAUCAUUGACAAGAUGACACUUAGUCUUUUGUGUGAUACAAGACUGAGAAUUCCCAUAUCAUUAGCCUGUCUUGCUAUUGUGACAUUGGAUCGC